AUUUGAUUGUACCAGUAACACUGCUGUCACGUCACUGAGUUUCCCCUCCUCUGUGUGCAUCAUUGUGUUUGCCCACAAAAGGAUAAAUCCACCCUCUCCUCUGCAUUCUCUCUCUUUGUCUGUGUCACCACACAGGUGCUCCUGCGCUCCACCAAACCUCACACAUCACAACUUAGGACACUUCUGGUGCUUUGGAACUUGACAUUUUGCCUUCAUGGAGGAUUACCACAAACCUGACCAGCAGACAGUGCAGGCACUGAGGAACAUCGCUAUCCGCCUCCGAAUCAACUCCAUCAAGGUCACCACGGCAGCAGGCAUCGGACAUCCCACAUCAUGCUGCAGUGUGGCAGAAAUCAUGUCUGUCCUUUUCUUCCACACCAUGAGGUACCAUCCUGAAGAUCCCAGGUACUUCAACAACGACCGCUUCAUGCUGUCCAAGGGUCAUGCUGCUCCAGCGCUAUAUUCCAUGUGGGUUGAGACGGGGUUUCUGAAGGAGAGUAAUCUGCUGACUUUGUGUCAGGUUGACACUACCAUGGAGGGCCAUCCAACUCCUAAGCAGUUUGUGGAUGUUGCCACCGGUUCCAUCGGGCAGGGUCUUGGCGUGGCCUGUGGGAUGGCUUACACUGGGAAGUACUUUGACAAAUCCAGUUAUCGUGUGUACUGCCUGUUGGGGGAUGGCGAGCUGUCGGAGGGCGCUGUCUGGGAGGCCAUGUCGUUUGCCUCCUACUACCAGCUUGAUAACCUGGUGGCCAUCAUGGACAUUAACCGUUUGGGCCAAAGUGAUGCUGCUCCCCUGCAGCAUCACGUAGAGAAGUACCAGAAACGCAGUGAAGCUUUUGGCUGGCAGGCGAUAAUUGUAGAGGGACACAGUGUGGAGGAGCUGUGCAAAGCUUUAAGCCAGCCGCGCCAUCAGCCCACUGCUAUCAUUGCUAAAACUACCAAGGGCAAAGGCAUUCCAGUUGCAGAGGAUAAACUGGGCUGGCACGCCAAGCCUCUGCCCAAAGACAUGGCAGAGAUGGUUUUGAAGGAUCUGCAGAGCCGAAUCAUAAACAGCAGCAAGCGUCUGUACCCCGCCGCCCCCAUAGAGGACUUUCCACCAGUCAGCCUGAGAAAUAUCAGGAUGCCAAGUGCACCCAACUACACAGCUGGGGAAAAGAUUGCCACAAGAAAGGCAUAUGGGAUGGCGCUGGCCAAACUAGGACACUGCAAUGAACGUGUUGUGGUCCUUGAUGGAGAUACCAACAACCUCACCUACUCAGAGAUCUUCAAGAAUGAGCACCCUAACCACUUUGUUGAGUGCUACGUUGCUCAAGAAAACAUGGUCAGCGUUGCCACAGGAUGUGCUGCUCGUGAAAGGAACGUUGUGUUUGCCAGUACUCUUGCUUCUUUUUUCACACAUGCCUAUGACCAAAUCCGCACGGCAGCCGCCUCAGAAAGCAACAUCAACCUGUGUGGUUCCCACUGCGGCCUGUCUACUGGUGAGGAAGGACCCUCCAUGAUGGGUCUAGAGGAUAUUGCUAUGUUCAGGGCCCUUCCUACUUCAACCAUUUUUUAUCCCAGCGACGGCGUGUCCACAGAGAAGGCUGUGGAACUGGCUGCAAAUGCAAAGGGUGUUUGCUACAUCCGAACCAGCCGCCAAGACAGCGCAGUUAUCUACAACAGCAGUGAGGACUUCCAUGUUGGACAGGCCAAGGUGGUGCACCAGAGCAAGGAUGACCAGGUGACUGUGGUGGCAGCAGGUGUCCCCCUGCAGGAGGCUCUGGCAGCAGCUGAACAUUUAAAGAAAGAGAGGAUCUCUGUCAGGAUCAUUGACCCCUUCACAAUCAAACCUCUGGAUUUCAAAACCAUCAUGGACCACACUCGUGCUACCAGGGGCCGUGUCCUCACCGUGGAAGAUCACUAUUAUGAAGGUGGCCUUGGAGAGGCGCUGUGCUCAGCAGUGGUUAAUCAGCCUGGCAUCAAUCUUCAUCACUUGGCCGUGUCCCAUGUUCCCCGUAGUGGCAAACCACACGAACUGCUCAAGAUCUAUGGCAUUGACCGGGAUGCCAUUGCCCAGGCCAUACGCAAGAUGCUAAGCAGCGCUACCAAUGCCAAGUAACUUUCUCCCUGCCCCACCCACCUCUCUGACCACACGCCUACAAAUGAAAAACAGUAAAGUAUGAUUUU